AUGACGGAGCCCAUUGGGGGGGUGUGGUUGUUGAACCCCGGUUACCCCGGCGGGCGUCGGGACCGCGGCGCGAAGCGGAUGCCGCUGAAGUUGACGCGCGCCGUGAUCGAUGCAAUUCACGACGGCAGCCUGGACAAGGAGGAGUACAUCGUGUACCCGGGCUGGGGGCUGCACAUUCCGAAGAAGUGCGCGCGCGUGCCGUCGCACCUGCUGGACCCGCGCAAGGCAUGGAAGGACGUAAAGGCGUUCAAUCAUACGGCGAAGGAGUUGGUUGUGAUGUUCCAGGAGAGCUUCGAGAAGCGCUUUGCGUCGAAGGCGAGCGAUGCACUGAAGUCCGCUGUGCCGAAGUACGUUGAAUGUGCCCAUCUGUAG